AACAAAAAAAACAAAAAAAAAAAACAAAUUAUGCAGCUCAAGCUAAGGCGAGUGAAUAAGGGGUUCAGCACCUACGGGACCGGAUCCACCAAAGGAACCGGCGAUUUCAAGAAGUACACCGACUCGGCGAACGUUCCGGAACUCCAUUUCACCUCCUACUCGGCACGAUCCGGCGGGAGAAAGCAGAACUUCAAGAGCUAUAGCGGCCGCAGCAUUCUUUUGACUCCUAAGCCAAGAAUUCAAAGAACGAGGUCGUCAAUUUCUCAAAUUAUAGCGAAUCUUUCAGUUUCGGCGAGGACAAUUUCACGAGCUUUGGCAAGGGUGCGACGGGACAGUCGAUCGGGUUCAAGGUCUACAUCGACCUUAAUCAAUUCAAGGAGUACACCAAGGACAAAAAAGGUGUCACCUUCGCUACCUACAACAUCACCCACAAGAAAUCUGCGGCGGCGACGACGACGUCAAUGGCGGCCAGUGGCAGUUUCGUUAAAAGGAUCGUUGAGCCCGGCAAAUUCUUUAGGGAAUCUAUGCUCAACACAGGGAGUGUCAUGCCCAUGCCUGAUAUAAGAGAUAAAAUGGCUAAAAGGUCGUUUUUGCCCCGGGCAAUCAGCUCAAAAUUACCGUUUUCAUCCUCCAAAAUGGCCGAGCUCAAGAAGAUUUUCCACGCCGGCGAUGGAUCUGCGACGGAGAAUAUGAUAGUGGACACCUAGGAGGGGUGUGAGAGGGCGCCGAGUAAGGGAGAGACGAAACGGUGCGUUUCGUCUGCGGAGGACAUGAUCGACUUUGCCACAUCAGUGCUGGGCCAAAACGUCAUUGUGCGGUCAACUGAGAAUGUUAGUGGGUCAAAGAAGUACAUCAUGAUCGGUUCAGUCAAAGGGAUCAACGGUGGCAAGUCACACAAUCAGUCGUGUCAUCAGAGCUUGUUCCCUUACCUAGUGUAUUACUGCCACUCUGUACCGACGGUCCGAGUUUGUGAAGCGGAUAUACUUGACCCGAAUUCCAAAGCGAAGAUUAACCACGGAGUUGCCAUAUGCCGUUUUCAUUUGGACACCUCCGCAUGGAGCCCCACCCAUGGAGCAUUUCUGGCUUUCGGUUCUGGCCCAGGUCAGAUCGAGGUUUGUCACUGGAUUUUCAAGAAUGAUCUGACAUGGACGGUUGCGGAUUGAGACAUCAAACAUCAAUUUGUGAAAAUUAUUUUGCUGAUUGAAGAGAUUUUACU